AUAAUUAUAUAUUGUAUUUAUAAUUUAGAUUAAUGACAAUAUGAAGUCUACAUCAGAUAUAAAAAUUUUACAAUGGAAUAUUCGUAGUGUUAAUUCAAAUCGUGCUAAUUUAAUCUUAUUAGCAAAUGAAGAGUCUCCAGAUAUAAUUUUUCUAAAUGAAACAUGGCUAAAAUCCAAUCAAAAUUUUGUUUUAUCAUCAUAUAAUAUAAUUCGUCAGGAUAGGGAAGAUGGAUAUGGUGGAGUGGCAAUUUGCGUCAAAAAGAAUAUUAUUUUUUCUAAUUUAAAAAAAUUUAAUUCAGAAGUUGCUCAAUUUAUUAUUAUUAAAAUUGCUGAUUUAAUAUUAAUUAAUAUUUAUAUUAAUUCAGAUAAAAAUGUUUCGGAAGAUCUGUUUAAACAACUUUUAGAUGGUUUAGAUUUAAAUAAAAUUAUUAUUAUGGGAGAUUUUAAUUCCCAUCAUCCAUUAUGGGAUGAAUCUCCUAUUAAUAGGGGCGGAAUAAGGCUUGUAAAUUUUAUUAUAGAAAAUGAUAUGGUGAUUUUAAAUGAUGGUUCUAGAACUCUUGUGCAAAAUCCGAAUUCCAGUUUGAGUGCAGUUGAUUUAACAAUUGUCAGUAGCGCAUUAGCUAUAAAUUCUAACUGGAAAGUUAUUAGUGAUUGUGGAAAUAGCGAUCAUUAUCCUACAAUUUUACAAUUAAAUUUAUCAAACAAUUUAUAUUUAAAAAAAGCUUUUGUAAAUAGUUAUUGUGUACGAAAUUGUAGUAAAGCUGAUUGGCAUCUUUAUCAACAUAAAAUAGCUGUGCAGUUAAUCGAGAAAGAUAGUACUAUUUUAGAUUAUAAUGAUUUGUCUUUUAUUAUGAAUAGAGCUGCUGAUGAUGCCAUUCCUUUGAAAAAAUGUGGUUCUUAUCAUAAAAUUGGAAACCCAUGGUGGGAUGAAGAAUGUUUUCAGUGGGUUCAAGACAGAAAAAGAGCAAUUAAUGUUUUCAAUAAUGUUCCAACUUUGACUAAUUUUAUCAAUGCUAAAAGAUGUAUUGCAGUUACGAGAAAAAAAUUAAGAUCAAAGAAAAAACAAAAAUUUCAAUCUUUUUGUGAAACAUUAAAUAGGGAAUCUAGCAUUUCAUACGUUUGGGAAAAAAUUAAAAAAUUUUCUAAUAAUAACAGCAAUUCUAAUAGUUAUAACAUUUCAGAUGAUUUAAAACAACAAAUUUUAUAUAAUAUGUCUAGUAUAUACAUAGAUCCGAAUUUUACACUGUCGCCAACAUAUAUAAAUAGUAACAUUCCUCCAUUCACUAGUCAGGAAUUUAACUAUGCUGUUCAGGAUAAAAAAUUUUCUGCACCUGGCAUGGAUGAUAUUUCUUAUUCCAUGUGUGUUACCGGAUUCGUGGAAGAAAUAUAAUAUUAUUAAUAUCUUAAAACAAAACAAAAAUCCUACUUUGCCAGAGAGUUAUAGAC